AUGAAGCAUUGGAGCAGCCUGUGUCUGCUGCUUCUCGUGGCACUCUGCAGCAGCUGCACUAACUUGGUCCGAGCCAAGCCACAGAUCCUCUUCCAGGGCUUCAACUGGGAGUCGUGGAAGAAGCAGGGGGGCUGGUGCAACCACCUCAAGGCCCAGGUCGGCGACAUCGCCGACGCCGGCGUCACCCACGUCUGGCUCCCCCCGCCCUCGCACUCCGUCUCCCCCCAGGGCUACAUGCCGGGCCGGCUGUACGACCUCGACGCGUCCAGGUACGGCACGGCGGCGGAGCUCAGGUCCCUGCUUGCCGCCUUCCACGCCAGAGGAAUACAGUGCGUGGCCGACGUGGUGAUCAACCACCGGACCGCCGACAAGCAGGACGCGCGCGGCGUCUACUGCGCCUUCGAGGGCGGGACGCCCGACGGCCGCCUCGACUGGGGCCCCGCCGAGGUCUGCGCCGACGACGCCACGUACUCGGACGGCACGGGCCACCGCGACACCGGCGACGGCUUCGACGCGGCGCCCGACGUCGACCACCUCAGCCCGCGGGUGCAGAGGGAGCUCUCCGACUGGCUCCGCUGGCUCAGGACCGACGUCGGAUUGGACGGCUGGCGCCUCGACUUCGCCAAGGGCUACUCGCCCGCCGUCGCCAGGACCUACAUCGACGCCGUCAAGCCGGGCUUCGUGGUGGCGGAGAUAUGGAACCCGCUGGCCUACGACGGCGACGGCAGGCCGUCGCACAACCAGGACCAGUGCCGGCAGGGGCUGGUGGACUGGGUGGAGGCCGCGUCACCGUCGGUCAUGGCGUUCGACUUCGCCACCAAGGGGGUGCUGCAGGCGGGCGUGCAGGGCGAGCUGUGGCGGCUGCGCGACCGGUCCGGGAAGGCGGCCGGCAUGAUCGGCUGGCUGCCGGAGAGGGCCGUCACGUUCGUCGACAACCACGACACUGGGUCGACGCAGAAGCUGUGGCCGUUCCCGGCGGACAAGGUGAUGCAGGGCUACGCCUACAUCCUCACCCACCCCGGGGUUCCCUGCAUCUUCUACGACCACAUGUUCGAGUGGAACCUGAAGGUGGAGCUGGCCAAGCUGGCGGCGAUCAGGGCGCGGAACGGCGUCCACGCCGGGAGCAAGCUGCGGAUCGUCGUCGCCGACGCCGACCUGUACGUGGCCGUCGUCGACGAGAGGGUGUUCGUCAAGAUCGGGACGAGGUACGACGUGGGCGGCGCGGUGCCGUCGGAUUUCCACAUCCCGGCGCACGGCAAGGACUACUGCGUCUGGGAGAAAGGCAGCGUCCGUGUCCCGGCCGGGUGGCACCUCUAG